AUGUCGACACCCUCUUCACCCUUGGACCUCGAGCAGGACAGCCAGCCUCACCAGGCUGUCCAAGAUCAUCUUGCUCAGAACACAGAGCAAGAUCACGCCGCUUCGUGUUCUCCGCCUCCUGAGGAUCGAGAGCUCUGGGGUACACCCCCAUCCACUCCCCUCUCCCCGUCCUCUUCCUCUUCCCCCUCCUCUUCCUCCUCCCCCAACGUCAAUGGCAACAAGCCCUUGGCUCUUCCCGCUGUUGCUCCUUCGGCUGCGGCAAAAACUGUCUUCCCCAAGGAAGACAACACAAUGCCGCAGCCCCAGGAGUCUCAGUUCGACCCAGCCGCGGCCGCCAACGAGGCCCUCAAGAGCGUGUCUCUUGAACUUGAGGAGGCAUCCAAGCCCAAGCAGUCCCGGGCUGCCAUCAAGAGGGUGACAGCCACCAAGCGUGUCUCCAAGCGCGCCGCCAAGCCGCCAAAGCGGCUCACUCCAAACAAGCUGAUGCAGCAAAUGGACCAAGAGGGGAUGGCGAUGCUGAGGCAACGGAUAGCGGCGAAGGAAGCUAGGGAGGCCUCUGAAAUGGCCGCCCUUGCUCUGUUACCUCCGCCUGUUUACGGACCUCCUGGUCAACCUUACGGCCAGAAUCCGUCACAGGCAGCCCCGGGGCUUUACCCUCCAGCCCCGGGUCAAUAUUCUCAGGUUGCUGGUCCCCUGUACCAGCAACCUUCUUCUGUCCCCCCUGCUGCUCCUCCUCCUGCUUCUCAUCUCGCUCCCCCUCCCGCUCCGGCGUUUCCUCCGGCGUUUGCUCCGGCUUUUCCUCCCGCUCCCGCUUCCGCCCGGGUUCCGACUCCCUCUCCACCUCUCCCUUCCGCUCCCCAGGCCCCCAAUUACUCUAUAGGUCUGGGGAUAUACAACGGACUGGGGCAGUAUCAUUCGGCCGCCCCUCAACCUUGGUUAAUGCAGCAGCCAGGGUUACCAGAUGAGUUUGUGGAACUAGAUGAGUUUAACGAACUAGAUGAUUUUGUGGAACCUUAG